UGAGGGUGUACAGGAAGUUGCGCGACAGUCUUGACUCCCUUUCUGGACAACGAGUGUGCGAGUUGUGUGGUUCGGCCGAGCCGGUAAUUUAACGGUAAAAAAUGGCGGACACGUUGACACUUUUUACUUCGAUAGGUCUCAGCGAGCAGAAGGCAAAAGAGACGCUGAAGAAUGAGGCGCUGAGUUCCGUCCUGAAGGACGCGGUGUUACAGGCCCAGAGAGUCCACGGAGCGUCCGGCGUGGACAAAGCCGUGGGCACGCUGCUGUACAGCAUGGCGUCUCGUCUUAAGGACACAAAACGUGUCGUGUUUCUGGCGGAGUGCAUCGCACGGCGUAAACUCAGCACAGAGCUGCAGCUGGCAGCUGCCCUGGAGUUCUUCAAAAGUCACCCUGAAGAUCCAGUCGACCAGAAGGCCUUUGAAGAAGCCUGUGGAGUGGGCGUGGUCACAACCCCGGAGCAGAUUGAAGAUGCAGUGGAGCUGGUGAUACAGAAGCACAAGGAGAACCUGCUGAAGGAACGGUACCACUUCAACAUGGGACUUCUCAUGGGUGAAGCCCGCGCUGCCCUCAAAUGGGCUGAUGGGAAAGUCAUCAAGAACGAGGUGGACAUGCAGGUGCUGCAUCUCCUGGGACCAAAGACAGAGGCAGACCUGGAGAAGAAAGCUAAGGCUCCAAAAGUAAAAGUUGCAGAAAGUAACGUGACGACGAAGACGACGAAGAAGGAGGUGGUGGAGGUGAACGGUGACGCCGUCUCAGUGGAGGGAAUGUCUCUGAUGGAGCAGCUGAGAGGAGAAGCACUCAAGUUCCACAAACCAGGAGAGAACUAUAAAACUGAGGGCUACGUGGUGACACCAAACACCAUGUCCCUGCUGAAGAAGCACCUGGAGUUCACAGGUGGACAGAUCCGUACCAGAUUCCCCCCUGAGCCAAACGGUAUCCUCCACAUCGGACACGCCAAAGCCAUUAACUUCAAUUUUGGUUACGCAAAGGCAAACAAAGGGAUUUGUUAUCUGAGAUACGACGACACCAAUCCUGAGAAAGAGGAGGAGAAAUACUUCACUGCCAUCAAAGACAUGGUGGAGUGGCUCGGCUACACACCGUAUGAAGUGACUCACGCCUCAGACAACUUCCAGCAGCUCUACGAUCUGGCUGUGGAUCAACUUCGCAGGGGUCAUGCCUACAUCUGCCACCAGAAGGGGGAGGAGCUGAAGGGCCACAAUACCCCGCCCUCACCUUGGAGAGACAGGCCUAUCGAAGAGUCUGUGGUUCUGUUUGAGAGGAUGAAGAAAGGCUUGUUCUCAGAGGGAGAGGCCACGCUCAGGAUGAAGAUGGUGAUGGAGGACGGGAAGAUGGACCCGGUGGCCUACAGGAUCAAGUACACGCCACAUCAUCGGACAGGAGACCAAUGGUGUAUCUACCCCACGUACGACUACACCCACUGUCUGUGUGACUCCAUCGAGAACAUCUCCCACUCCCUGUGCACCAAAGAAUUUCAGGCCAGACGCUCCUCAUAUUACUGGCUGUGCAACGCUCUGGAUCUUUACUGCCCCGUGCAGUGGGAGUACGGCCGCCUGAACCUCACCUACACUGUGGUGUCCAAGAGGAAGAUCAUCAAACUGGUGGAGACCGGUGUGGUCAGAGACUGGGACGAUCCUCGACUCUUCACUCUGACUGCUCUGAGGAGACGAGGGUUCCCCCCGGAGGCCAUCAACAACUUCUGUGCACGGGUGGGAGUCACGGUGUCCCAGACGACCACAGAGCCCCACCUGCUGGAGUCAUGUGUGAGAGAAGUGUUGAACGAAUCAGCGCCCAGAGUCAUGGCGGUGCUGGAGCCUCUGAAGGUCACCAUCGUCAACCUCCCUGAAGGGACACAGUCGGAGCUCAAGGUUCCGGACUUCCCGGCCGACGAGACCAGGGGCAGCCACACCGUUCCGUUUUCUCGCACAAUCUUCAUCGAACAGAGCGACUUCAGAGAGGUGAUGGAGAAGGGCUACAAGCGUCUGACCCCAGAACAGCCAGUGGGCCUGAGGCAUGCUGGGUAUGUCAUCUCUGUGGAGAAGGUCAUUAAGGAUGCUCAGGGUAAAGUGGUGGAACUGGAGGUGACCUGCUCCACUUCUGAGGCUGCGGAGAAACCAAAGGCGUUCAUCCACUGGGUCAGUCAGCCUCUGGAGUGUGAAGUUCGUCUCUAUGAACGGCUGUUCCUGCACAAACACCCUGAGGACACGUCAGAAGUUCCCAACGGUUUCCUGACUGACAUCAACCCUGAUUCCCUGCAUGUGAUCAGCAGUGCCUUAGUGGAUACUUCAGUGAAAGGUGCAAAGUCCCUGGACAAAUUCCAGUUUGAAAGACUGGGCUACUUCUCUGUGGACCCUGACAGCACAGCAGACAAGAUGGUCUUCAACAGGACAGUCACUCUGAAGGAAGAUCCUGGGAAGAUCUGAUUGGCUGAGAGAGACACGAUCUGUUACCAACGCCCAGAAGAAUGAAAUCAUUAUCACGGAUCAUACCUGAGGCUGACGACGCCACACGUUCACACGUUCAGUGAAGACAACGAUCGAUGGACUUGAUGCCAAAGAAAACAGGAGAGUGUGAAGAGCUGCCGCUCUGCGACACAAAACACUGUUGAAAUCAUUUUGGUCUUUUCUGAAGAUUUCAGUGUUACGGAUGAGUUAGACGACUCACAGCAAGCGAUCGACUGCAUGUUUUUGGAAAACAACUCAGGUCCUCACAUUUACUUUUCACUGUAACAAAUAUGCAACUUUGAUCACUGUUUAAUAAAGACCAACCUUGUGUUUGUACCAUGUUUAAUUGUGCUGUAGCUGACGAUGCUCACAGUGACGCUCUGACGGACUCUUGGUUUGUGACAGGUAGUGGAUCUUUGCCAAAUUAGUUCUUUCUCUGAGACAUGUCCUUUUUAACAAGAAAAAAAAUAAAUGUUUUAAAUUAA